AUAGAACUCACUCAUGCUUCUUGCUAACUUUAUUUGAAAUUCUUUUAAAAAUUUUGCAUAUUAUACAUCUAUAAAUUUAGGGAAUGCAUCAUAGAUUCACAGGAAUGAUGACCAUGCACCGCUGCCGUCUUUUCAAUCUACAUUGCUGACUCUCUUGACUGUUAACUUCAGUAUUAAAUUUUGUGAAUCUUCACUUCUUGUGGAUAUAAUUAUCAUGGCUACUGGCCAUGGUAACCUCUACACAGCUGCUGGAAAAAUGGGGACACAGAUUGGGUCGUUAUUAAAGAGAGUUUGGGACAAAGAUUCAGAGGGUAGUCAGGGGCUGAGGCUCUUAGUGACGGGAAAGUCAGGAGAAGGAAAGUCCACGCUUGUCAAUGGAUUACUGGGUGCCAAGGUUGCUGUAGAGGGAGCUGGCAGUGAAAGAAUCACAACCAAAGUUGAAGAGUAUAAAGCAGAUCUCGAAGGUGUUCCAGUCACCGUGUUUGAUUCACCUGGCCUACAAGACGGCACAGGGGAUGAAGAUCAGUACAUAGAUGAUAUGAAGAAGAAAUGUCAAACACUCAGUUUAGUUCUUUAUUGCACAAAAAUGACAAACAAUCGUUUAAAAGAUGAAGACAAACAUGCCAUAGUAAAGCUUACAAAAGAAUUCGGUCAAAAGUUCUGGAAGUAUGCUGUUCUUGUUCUUACAUUUGCUAACCAUGAAGAUGUGGAAAGACGUGAUGAAAGAGAUAAAGAUGAAGGGCCCGAGCCUGAUGAUGAUGAUGAGGAGAGCUGGAAAGAGCUUAAGAAGAAAAGAUUUGAAGGUCGUCUCAAGAAAUGGAAAGAUGGCUUUCACAAGUUUCUCAUAGAAGAGGUUGGAGUGCAAAGAGAUAUAGUUGAAAGGAUUCUUGUAGUACCAGCUGGAGAUCACAGAGUAACAAGAAAAAAUAAGGAACCCUACCGUCUUCCUGAUCGUGAUGAUUGGUUUAAGGAAUUGUGGCUGGCUUGCAUCUUACGAGUGAAGGGAAUAAAACUCUUCCUUCAAAUCAAUAAAAGUAGAAUUGUCGCUGAAGAUGAAGUCGAAACUGGAGCUGAAGUGACUGCAGAGCAAGAACCAGAGUUGUUGGAGAAACUGAAACAAUUCUUGGAAGCAAAUGAAAAUAUUCAAGAGCCUCCUGAUGUAGAAGACAGCACACUACAACUUACAGAUGCACCUGCAGUAGAUGAGACAUAUACAGCAAAGCUUCAAGAAAACAUAAAGAAGAUGGAUAAAGAAGCUUGGGUGAAGGGGCAAGAGGCACAGUUAAAGGAGAAAGAGGAAGAAAUUAGAAAACGAAGAGAAGAAGUUGAGAAGCAACUUGCAGAAGAACAAAGACAAGAAAUUAAAAGGCAAACAGAAAAAAGAAAUUGUGAUUCACAGAAGUAA